AUGCGGGUGCAUAUGCAAGUCCCUCAUCCCGGUACAGAGUACGGGGAUAUUGAGGAUCUACGCCUCCAAGCUAACCUGUGUCGGCACACCGAGGUGCAGGCUUUGAUGGACUUUCACAAUGCAAAUGCAACCAUGACACCGGCCCUCCUCGGAAUAAAGGUGGAUAUUCAGGGCUCGGACGGUUGUGUACCAGGGGGUUACAUCGUCUUCAUUGUGUUUGAGGAAGUACCUGGGAUCCGGCUUGCGGAUGAUCAAUCAGCACCUUAUCCUGGAUUUCCGCUGCAUACAUUCUUCCGGAGAUUCGAACGCAAACAGCGAGAUGUAAUUCGCGAACAAUUCGACAAGGCGGACCGGGAGUUGGCUAAAAUCGACUGGCUGCUUGAUGAGCCUUGGGCCGAUCACCUUGUUUGGGAUUCCAACACUUCGAAAUUAUACUUUAUUAAUUUCAGAAUGGCACAUUCUGCGUGCUGGCUACGCCGUCCGCAAUCCGUUGUCCUGGGAGGCAAUGUGGCUUUAGCAACAGAUGUAACACUUAAGCAGUAUAACUGGGAACUCUUCGGUCUUGCAAUUUGCCCUGGUAACUCCAAGCAUGAAGGGAAUCUUUCAAUAUGGAAGCUCUAA